AUGGAUACGCCCACACACCGGAUCAAAAGAAGGAGUAGCAUGCCGUGCCGUGCGUUGUGCCUGUCCCUCGCCGCGGAAGAAGUGAAGCCUCGUAAUAUUUUACAUUUUAUCUAUGCGUACAUAUAUAUAGUGAAAUCUGCGUCGGAUGUACCCCAUUGCUGGCGACCCGGCAGCAGUAUGGGCAUAUUUAGGAGAGAGAGCAGCUCACGGAGCGCGACGCAAAAACUCGCCAAGAGCGACACAGAGAAGCUGGCGCCGCGUACGAUCCAUGAUCCGAUCCUGGAGGCAGUCAACGAGGCCCAGCCUUUCGAACAGGCCGUAGCCACAUUCACGGAGAACGAGAAUCACACGCUCUGCUCGGAUCAACGUGUGACGAAGGACGUAUUCGGCAAGCCGGUCGUGCAGCCGGACAUCUCGAACCCCACUAGGUCACGUGAUGAGCGGCCGCUGGACACCAUUCGCGGGUUCGAAUACGCCAUCACUGGCGACCAGCAGUGGAUGCAACAGCUCGAGACGCACCGCUACGGAUUUAGUGUGCGUCCCGACUUCCCGGGUCUUCCGGUCGGGGCAUACAUGGCUGGCGCAGGGGGCUAUCCAAGCUUUCAGCGGGAGCAGCCCGUGUUCGAGGCGCCCAAAGUAAGCCCACCACGCACGCAAAGUAAGCGCAGGGGGCUGUUCGGCACCCGCAAAAAAUAA